GUUCACUUCAUCCAGUGUCUGUGAAAUGGCUCUGCUCGUCCUCCUGCUCUUCUUCCACCUGAUUCUGGACAUUAACUCUCAAUAUGUUCCUCAGCCCCGGCUGUUCGUGUCUCCUGAAGUUCUCACAGUGAGCGGAUCAGUGUAUCUUCACUGUGAUGUUCCACACAGUGUUAAAGUGUCUCAGUGUUAUUUCUACCCAGAGAGAGACGACACAAACAUAAAACUCUCUCCAUCAUGUCAGCUCUCAGUCACUGGUUCUGAACUGAUCAGGUGGACAGGACGCAGCUCUCCUGGAACUCUUCAUAUUAUUUGUUACUACACUGUGGAUAAAUCAUGGAUUCAGGCUCCUUCUCCUCACUCUCUCCCAGCUUCAGUCACAGUGCGGUAUCAGAAACCGGUACUAAGUGUCGCUCAUGAUGAUCAGUUUGAUGAAUUCAGACUUGUGUGUGAAAUACCAGAGUCAGAGUCAGUAAGAGCUGAUUUUAGCUGUAAUCUCUACACUGGAGAAAAUCCUCAGCCUUAUCGAACCCAAACAUCUCAAAAGAGACAAUCUGGGAAUCUGGUUUGUAUUUUUAAAGCAGAGAGAAAUGAUCUGUUCAGACGUCUGCAGUCAGUAAAGAGUGAUGAAGUGAGCUGUGAUUAUUCACUGAUCUCUGACCCGACUGCUCGCUCUCUAAUGAGUGACAAAUACAACAUGAGACAUUUCUUUCCUGAACCAACACAGCCACCCACAACGAACAGACCUACUACUGCUAAAAGAGUCACCCAAAAUCAUCCUCACAGCUCAGCCAGCGCUCCUAACACUGAAAGAGUCACCCGAAAUCAUCCUCACAGCUCAGCCAGCGCUCCUAACACUGAAAGAGUCACCCGAAAUCAUCCUCACAGCUCAGCCAGCGCUCCUAACACUGAAAGAGUCACCCGAAAUCAUCCUCACAGCUCAGCCAGCGCUCCUAACACUGAAAGAGUCACCCGAAAUCAUCCUCACAGCUCAGCCAGCGCUCCUAACAAGCUGUCAACUGUAUCAUUAUUGCAUAUAUCAACUAAAGGUGAAAAACACAACACGACCAAGCAGCCUGUUUUUUCUAAAAGUUCUGUGCUUGUCCUACUGCUGUCAGUCACCGGUGUGUGUGUUUUACUAGCUGGACUGAUGAUCGUCUGUCUCUGCAGGUUUAUCAAGAAGCAAGCGGCUGCGAGAUGUAAAAUGGAUUUGCCCCAUGGUGAUCAGGGGGCCAUGGUGUCCAAGGUCAGUGAGAACACAUUCCCGGCGGACACUGUUGUGACCUAUACUGUGAUCAGCUCAGUACCCUUACCAUCCCAGUCUUUAGACAGCGGUGGAAACAAUAAAGAUUCCAAGGAAACAGGGGAUGACGUGUAUCACAUGUACUGCACCAUCGCUGACACACAAGUCAACGCCAAAGGCACAGACGCAGCGUACAGCCUGCUGCAGAGUACAACACACAGAAUGUAAAGGAUGUCUUAGUUUUAGGUUCUGCCAUGUAAUACAUGCCUCUAUUUAUCACUUUGUUUUAUUGAAAUAAAUAGACUUUAAUUUGCUGCUGAAGACUGGGUCAAGUAUAAAUAACUCUGAUAAAUAUAUCAAAUCUAUAUUUUUAAGCACACUUUCGAUAACACAAAGCUGUUGAAGGGGCUGAUUGUUUUAAAACGAUUUAUUGUCACAAGAAGUAAAGAAAGUCCAGAGCGAGCACACAGGCUUUCCCGCUCUUGAAACACACAGAGAGAUUAGAGGUAAUGAGAUCAUGCUACAUGUACAUACAGGAGUGGCAGAUUUUAUCUUUAGAUUUUAUUUAAUGAGGUUUAGGUGUUCCACAUCACUCCUGAAUCCGUCUUCCCAGAGAAAAACCUGCAGCUGAACCACACCCCAAAAAAGAGGAACCAUGACCCUGGCCUCCACCACCAGGUGAUGUAAGAAAGUGGAGGUCUUUCUUCCCUUACUGUAUUUGGUUGCAUAUUAACAUCUGGGAUUUUUACACACAA